AUUAGCCUGUCUAGAAAGGGGCAAGACUGUAAUCAGACAAUACAGUGCAAACGACCCCCCUAUGAUUACUACAAAUACAGGAUCCUGAAACAGCAAUGUGUGCUUUCUGUCUUUGCACUUCUUACACCGAGAAGACGAGAAAAUUUAAAGUGAUGGAAUCACAACAUUCUCAACAUGGGCAAAUUAUCGAGAUAGGCAUUGAUGGUCCUGACAAAGAGAGGAAUUUAGGAGGGACUAAGAUAUGUGGGGAUGUAUUUUGUGGAUUCUCAGAUGCCCGAAUAGACUCCAAGAAUGCUGAAGAACGAUCCGCUUCCAUGCGAAAGCUGUUAAUUGCAGUGGCACUUUGUGUUGUCUUCAUGGCCAUUGAAGUCGCUGGUGGCAUCAAGGCCAACAGUCUAGCUAUAUUGACUGAUGCAGCACACUUGCUUUCAGAUGUUGCUGCUUUUGCUAUCUCCUUGUUCUCUAUUUGGGCAACUGGCUGGGAAGCCACUCCCCGUCAGUCCUAUGGAUUUUUUAGGGUUGAGAUUCUUGGUACUUUGGUUUCCAUUCAGCUUAUUUGGUUGCUAGCGGGGAUUUUGGUAUACGAAGCCAUUGUUAGGAUCAUUAAUGAGACGGGUGAGGUAAAUGGCUUUCUAAUGUUUCUAGUUGCUGCAUUUGGUUUAAUUGUGAAUGUUAUCAUGGCUUUGUUAUUAGGCCAUGAUCAUGGGCAUGCAGAUGGCCAUGACAAUCACAAGCACGGAAUGAUAAUUACCACACAUCCUCAUCACGAGGAGCACUCAAAAGAUGAUGAGCAUCAUCAUGAGGAGCACUCUGAAGAUGAUAUCCAUCAUCAGGAGAAGCACUUAAAAGAUGAGCACCACCAUACAAAUGAAGAUUCUGUUAAGCCACUGCUAGAUAAAGGAAAGAACAGGCCAGAAAAGAAGAAAAGAAAUAUAAAUGUACAGGGAGCUUAUCUGCAUGUAUUAGGUGAUUCCAUUCAGAGUAUCGGGGUUAUGAUUGGAGGUGGAAUCAUAUGGUAUAAACCUGAAUGGAAGAUAGUUGAUUUGAUCUGCACCUUAGCUUUUUCUGUAAUUGUUUUGGGUACAACAUUUAACAUGCUUCGGAACAUACUUGAAGUGUUGAUGGAGAGCACACCUAGAGAAAUAGAUGCGACGAAGCUUGAAAAGGGGCUGUUAGACAUGGAGGAAGUGGUUACCAUUCAUGAGCUUCAUAUAUGGGCCAUCACAGUGGGGAAGGUACUGCUGGCUUGUCACGUCAAAAUCAGGCCAGAUGCAAAUGCAGACAUGGUGCUUGACAAUGUGAUCAACUAUAUCAGAACGGAAUACAACAUCAGCCAUGUUACUAUCCAGAUAGAAAGGGUGUAGUUUACGUUAUGCACGGAGUUGUUUACUUUCUUUUUUUACCUUAUGAAUGUCCAGAUUUCGUAAACUGAUAUUUUAGCUUCUUGUUGUGUUCAUCCUUCUUAGGUAUGGCUUUCAGAUAUUUAGUAUAGAAAUGAUGUGUAAAUGAGAGGACGUGAUAAUUAUCAUUUGUGGAUGAUUUUUUUCUCUCCCUAUACACAACAUUUUGCCAGGUCACUAUAUCUUGUCUGUUCAA